AAAAAAAUCCAAUGUGUCUCCUCCUCUCUUUAUUUUCUUUUAUUAAAUUAUCCAUAUUUCAUCUUCUUUUUAAAAAUUUCCAUUUUAGUUUUUCUAGUAUUUUUUCGACUAGUCCUACCGAUUUUACAAGUGGUAACACAAUUGACUUGUUGCUCGUCCUUUCUUAUAAGCCUGCCGCCCGAGGUUCAAAACCCACAAACUCUAGCUCAUUUAGAAGGGCUAAACUUCUAUCUGAGCCUUUACGAGCAGGAUCCGGAGUGGGUUGCGUUCAUUCAGCAGGAGCUGAAUCACAACACCCCUCUGGAGGACAUACCUGGGCGGCUGAGGCUCUUCCUAAUGGAAGAAAGGACAUCCAGUUUGAGACAUGAUCUCAUUCAAGAUUUUAUUUCACAAUAUAAUAGGAACGAAGCCUUACUUCCCCUCGAGCCCUACCUCUUAGAAGAGGCGCUUCGUUCCUAUCUCCAUCAUAUUCAAGGAACUGAUAAUCUUUCUAUUCUCCAAGCGGCUUAUCAAGAUCUGCGGGAGAAGGAAGGAGAAUCCGUUUUCUUUCAUUCGAUUGUUUCGCACAACCGUGAUUUCCUUGAUGCGCAGAGCACCUCCAGGAGGUUAAUAGAAGCCUCACAGAGGAUGCGGUGGGAAGAAAUUCCCAUCAGCAAAGCUCAGCUCGAAAAGGCUGAGUAUGAGCAUGCGCUGCUAUUGUUUCAAUAUGAAGAUCGAAAAAGGGGCAUAUUUAAUGAUAUGCAGCUUGGAUCUACAGAUGAUCAGGCGUGAUCAGUCUCUUAGACGGUUAAAAACCCCUUUUUCAUAUUUAACUACAAAAGCAAGCAAGCACCUUUAUGUGACCUAACAGGUUGAAUUAACUCAGCGAUUUUUCAGACG